ACUGUAGUGCGCUAGUAUGAGACGCGCUCUGAAGGACGCAGUCAAACAUGGCGGCCUCCUUGCUGAGCAGGAGGGGAGUUGCGCUUUUAGGCUUUUCUAGUUUAAAAUCUUUUCUCCCUGUUGUUUCUGGGAACAAUGUCGUACAGUUGAUAGCUGGUUAUAACCCGAAACAUCUCAGGCUGAAUUUAAAGGAGCCUUACAUUCCGGACAGGAACAGUGAGAAGACCCCGGUGUGGCAGAAGACUGAGAAAUAUGAGCGCAAGCUUUUUGCACGUUAUGGUUUUGCCUCCGGUGUGGAUCCGGUUAAACUGUGGCCCACUGCCUCCCAGCUGGAGGAACUGAUCCAGGAAGAGAAGCAGUGGCACCCACCGCUUGAAGAAAUGCUGAAAAACAUCGCGGCGAAGGAGAAGGAGAGAGCGGAUAAGCGGCUGGCGAGAGAGAAGUUGAUCGCUGCAAACAUGGCUAAAAUGCCCAAGAUGAUAGCAGACUGGAGGAAGGAGAAGCAGGAAGCAAAGAGAAAGCUGAAGGAGGAAAAGGCCAAAAAGGAGCGGCUGCUGGCUGAGGCUCGGGAGCGUUUCGGCUAUGCGCUGGACCCGCGCAGUUCCAAGUUCCAGGAGAUGCUCGCAGAGAUUGAAAAGGAGGAGAAGAAGAAGAGGAAGCUCCUGAAACGUCGAAAGAGAGAAGAGGAACAGGGGCUGACUCCUUCUGCACCUGCUGCUGAAGCCUCAUAGAGACUCUGGCUGAGUGAAUACACAGACUGUUGUAUAUACUGAUGAUAUAGUAACAUGUUUGACCAUUGUUAUGCGUUUUGGAAAAAUCGUCAGGCCCCCCCCCCAUUAAAAUGUGAAGACUGA